GUCGGUGGGAAUCGAGAGAUAUCCUUCGCCCAACGGCAACAUUUUUGUGCGGUAAACCAGCCAUGGGGACCCGUGACGACGAAUACGAUUAUUUAUUUAAAGGUUUCAUCUAAAGAAUAUGAAUGCUGACUGCGUUGGAAUUGACACAUGGUGCUCAUUGGCGACUCCGGAGUGGGAAAGAGUAAUCUGUUGUCCCGCUUCACUCGGAAUGAGUUCAAUCUGGAGAGCAAGAGCACCAUCGGUGUGGAAUUUGCGACCCGCAGCAUCCAGGUAGACGGCAAGACCAUAAAAGCUCAGAUCUGGGAUACAGCAGGACAGGAACGUUACAGAGCCAUCACAUCAGCGUACUACCGGGGGGCAGUUGGAGCUCUUCUGGUUUAUGACAUUGCAAAACAUUUGACAUAUGAGAACGUCGAACGCUGGCUGAAGGAGCUGCGGGAUCAUGCGGAUAACAACAUCGUCAUCAUGCUGGUGGGCAACAAGAGCGAUCUGAGGCACCUCAGGGCCGUUCCAACUGAUGAGGCCAGAGCUUUCGCAGAGAAGAACAGUCUCUCAUUUAUUGAAACAUCAGCUUUGGAUUCCACGAAUGUUGAGGAGGCUUUCAAAAAUAUACUCACAGAAAUCUAUCGGAUUGUAUCACAAAAGCAAAUAGCCGACAGGUCGGUGCAUGACGAAUCCCCCGGCAACAACGUAGUGGACAUCAGCGUGCCGCCCACUACCGACGGGUUAAAGGGCAACAGAUUUCAGUGCUGUCAGAAUCUGUGACCCCACUUCUCCCAACACCCAUCCUCACCUUGGGCUAUCUCUUCUGUUCCCCAUAUUUAUCUCGGCUUUGCUGCUGUGUGUUGUGCUAUGGCUACAGCUCUUUCCCGAAUCUUUUUUUUGUCAUUGUGAUUUCCACGCUAAUACUAGACGUCCCUUAGAAGUGUGAAUUUCUAGUAACAUUCCUUUUUCUUUUUACAGAUGGUGGGGGGGGGUUACUUGUUAGUUUGUUUGUCUGUCUUUUUAUUUCUUCACUAUUAUCCACCUUCUGAUUUCACAUUUGCUCUGCAAAAGUCUUUUCCUCGGAAGUGAUUAUUUGAGCGCUGAUCGUGUGAUCCGCUCCCACGAAAAAGGGAUGGUGAGGGAUCAGUGUGUCCUAGGCUUCCGGCCACUCUGAUGGUUGAUCUCUGGGGUCCGCACUAAACGCCAGCCCUCUGUUAAGCCAGAUCCCGGAGGGGGGGCCCGUGACUUGGGCUUGAGGAGGCAAGUUUCACAGAAAAGCCUGCGGGCGAAUUUAUCUCGUCUGGAUCAUACAGAUACCAAAGGAGGGCUGCUAUCUUUAUUUCAGAUAGUUAAACAUUUCACGCUUCACACCCUCGGCCCUCUUCUGCAAUAUUUCAAGGCUGAAGGCGUGUGUGCGCAAUUUGAUUAGUGCAUUCAGAUUGCCACAUAUAGCAGUUAUGAGAAUGCAUCUAAUAAACAUUUCAUGAAAAAUAGACAAAUUAUUCAAAUAAGGUAUUAUAGCUCUUCAGUGGGGGCAUGCAAUGGCUCGCAGUGUUUUAGAUGGUUAAAUGUCUCAAUGGUCUGUAAUCACUUUAUCAUUGGGUUAGUUCAAAGUGAUAAAUUGUAUGGAUAGUUUGGAAAUGCCUUAUGUUUUCCCAUACUGUGAUUAAGAUGCCUUUUUUCAAGUGUGGUCAUGUGACAUUUCACACCCAUGAACAGCUGUUUUGUCUUUUAUCAGGUUACAUGAAAAUGGAAAAUAAACCAAAUUGCUGUCACAAUUG